AUGUAUUUCUCAACUAUCAUCCCCCUCCUUUCGCUCGCCAGCCUCGCCCUCUCGAACCCAACAAUCCACAACAACCAUGGCCAGAGAGAUAUCCCCUACGGUGCCUUCCCCUCCUCAAGCUUCGUCUCAGUGAGACCAAGCAGCACACCACCACCCACCCACCGAAACCUAGGCCAUGCGAUAGUGCACAACAACUGCAAGUUCCCAGUCUACCUCUGGUCUGUGGCUUCCACAGUCCUACCGGAGCGAACUCUCCUCCCGAACGACGAGUACAGCGAGGUUUUCCGCGAGAAUGCAGACACUGGCGGCAUCGCAAUCAAGAUCAGCACCGACCGCGACGGGCUGUAUACCAGUUCUCCGCAGAUGAUCUUUGCGUACAACCUUUCCUCUACAAGGGAGCGAGGCCAGAGACAGGAUAAAGUCUGGUAUGAUCUCUCUGAUGUCUUUGGCGAUCCAUUUGCGGGUUACCCAGUGAAUGUUAAGCCUUCCGAGCCGUUGAUUUCUUGGGAGGAUGGGGUUCCGCCUGCUGGAAGUCAGGUUAGGGCUGUUGAUUCUUCGACCGAUUUGAUCUUGUCGCUUUGCUGA